AUGGCAUCCCAGAUAGACAUCGCUGCUGUUAGAAGCAAGUUCCCUGCCCUGGGCCAAGACCAGGUCUUCUUCGAUAAUGCAGGUGGAAGUCAGACGCUGGCCACAGUCAUUGAGUCCAUCCGGGACUAUCUCAUACAAAGCAACGUCCAGCUAGGCGCGUCUUACAAAGUCGGCCAGAAGGCGACGGCCUCCUAUGGCGAAGGCUAUCAGGCCGGCGCAAAGUACAUCAACGCAUCCUCUGACGAAAUCGUCUUUGGUGCCUCGACAACUCAGCUCUUCCGCAACCUAUCCCACACCUUCACCUUUGACAAGGGCGACGAAAUUGUCGUAUCAGCAGUCGACCACGAAGCCAACAUCGCCUCCUGGGUCGAUCUCGCCGCCCGCCAAGGACUCGAGCUAAAGUGGUGGAAGCCCACAGACGCAUCCUCGACAACGAACCCAAAGCUAACAACAGAGAACCUGAAGCCCCUACUCUCGGACAAGACCCGCCUGGUAACCCUCACGCACGCGAGCAACAUCCUAGGCACGAUCCACGACAUCGCCUCCGUAGCCUCCCUCGUCCACGCCUCCACCCCGAAAGGCCUCGUCUGCGUCGACGGCGUGGCCUACGCCCCGCACCGGCCCAUCGACGUCAAAGCCCUCGGCGUCGACUUUUACGCAUUUUCGUGGUACAAGGUCUACGGCCCGCACACGGCCAUGCUGUACGCGAGCCGGGCCGCGCAGGACGCGCACAUGCGCUCCAUCGGCCACUUCUUCAACCCGAGCGAGUCCCUCGAGGGGAAGCUCGGGCUCGCGGGCGGCAGCUACGAGCUGGUCUCGGCCGUCCCGCGGGUGCUGGAGUACCUGGGCACGCCCGACUCCCAAGGCUGGAGGGGGAAAGUCGAGCAGGAGGGGCAGCUCCAGACUACUCUGCUCGAGUACCUCAACGGCCGGGGCGACGUGACGAUCUACGGCGAGACCGAUGCCGGCACCGACCGCCGCGUUCCGACAAUCAGCUUCCGAGUGCAGGGGUGGGGCACCAAGGACCUCGUCAAUGCCGUAGAGAACGAGUCCGAGUUUGCCUUCCGAUGGGGCCACUUCUACUCGUACCGGCUGAUCAAAGAGAUUCUGCAACUCGACCCUGCCGACGGCAUUAUUCGGGUUAGCAUGGUGCAUUACAACAGCCUCGAUGAAAUCAAGGGGUUUAUUGCGGCCUUGGAUAAGGCAUUGCAACAAAAGACCAAAUAA